AUGUCUACAGGAUUUUCAUGGGGGACGCAGGCCUUAUCUGAGAAUACAGAGGUUAACAGUGGCCUAGGCGACUUACCUACAAGUAUUCCAAGAUACACACCUAACAUCAAGUCUGUGAAUAAUAGCCAUCAUAACAGCGGGAAAAAGCGAAGAUAUUCUGAGGACCAGGAGUCUAAGGUAGUCAAGCCAACAGGGAAUAGGAAACAUUACGCUACUCCUAGCACAUAUUAUAAAAAUAAGAAAUCUAGAACUCCAAAAAUUAUGGGUCAAAAGUUACCUAUCAACAGACUUGUUGAGGCGCUUGACCAUACAUCAUUACAGAAACUUCUCGAAAACUUGAUACAAGAACAUCCUGAAAUAUCGAACACUAUUGAUAAGAUAUCGCCAAAGCCAACUUUGACGAACUCUAUUGAACUCAUCAAACAAAAGUUCAACAACAUCAUGCAUCAUUUACCUUACAAAUGUGACACAGAGUCAGACUAUUCAUAUCUUCGUAUAAAGCCAUAUUUGAACGAAUUCUUGAAUUGUCUCUCUGAUUUCAUCUUGAACUUUUUACCCCCAGUCGAAACCAAUGUGUUCAACUCACUUAAAUUUCUAGAUGAAGUGACUGAUUUGAUACACACGUUGCCUAAUUUUUCCAAUAGUGAAUUUCAGUACACUAGACUGAUGGCUUAUGAGCAGAUUUCAAAUACAUGGUUGAUCGUAUUAAAUCACAAAAUGCACCUGGAUGAUGGUGCAAACAACAACAAUACAUCCAAUACCAAUGAAUCAUCAUCCUCUCCUACACCUGUUGCUCAAUGCAACAUGGAAAACUCUGCACAGUUGAUUAAAAUAAUCGACGAAUUAAACUUGCAACAGAAAUUAGCUAAACAUGAUAAUAUUUCGAUGGGAAAAUUCAAGUUAGCGAUCGAGUUUGUUAAUUCGGAGAUUGAAAAUUAUGAGAACUUCAACCACACAAUAAGUAAUAAUGGUGGUAUCUUGAAUGAUUUAAUAACUGUUGAUUAUUCUAACUUUUCGAUUACCGCGAGAACAUCGCAUUAG